UCCUCUUCGUUCGUCCUCAGUGCAGGAUAACGAAGCAGUCGCCUUCUUCCGUCUCCUAAAUAACGAGGAAUCCUUGCCAGAACUUAUCUUAGCGUCGGUGCCGGUAUCCUGUCCACGACACGAGAGAUAAAGGACGAUUACGCUAUCAAGUGUGAAGUUUUUUAAAAGGACUUUUGGACAAUCAUAAUCACCACUGCUGACAAUGGAUGUGAUGUUGCGUCGCUGUCCAUUCCUCGCCCGUGUGCCCCAGGCCUUCUUCCAGCAGACCAAAAAGUCUCUGGUGGGCUAUGCCCAGCGAUGCCCCAUCAUGAUGGAGCUGGCCUCUAAACCCAUGGCUCCAUCAAUGGCACGGGCCCUCUGCUCCUCCUCUUCCUCUUCCCACCAGAAGACUGAGGACACCAUGUCUGCCAGUGAAGGCCCCAAACAGGAAUCCAAGCUUCCUGCCGGCCACCCUAUGCCACCCUCAGGCCAGACGGUGGCCUCCAAAUGCCCCUUCCUGGCUGCUGAGAUGGGCCAGAAGAACAGCAGCGUGGUCCGCCAGGUCGGCAUGGAGUUCCAGGAGGAUGUUCAGGAAGUCCGCACUGUCCAGAAAGAAGUGUCCCCUGCCCAGUUGAAGGAGACUGCUAAGGGAAGCGGAGAUGAGCAAACUAAUCUAAUGAAGACCCUCCUGAAACAGCGACCUAAAAGGGUUUCCCACCUCCUGCAGGACAACUUGCCAGCCAGCAUGUCCCGCUUCCAUUACGACGACUUCCUUGAUAAGAAGAUCGUAGAGAGGAAGAGCGACCACACAUAUCGUGUGUUUAAGACUGUGAAUCGUCUGGCCAGCGAGUUCCCCAUGGCGGACGAUUUCACAGGCUCCUUAGAGGACAAGAGGGAGGUGUCCGUUUGGUGCAGCAACGACUACCUGGGCAUGAGUCGACACCCACGGGUGGUGCAGUCCAUUGUGGAAACUUUACGAAAGCAUGGCUCAGGGGCAGGAGGCACCAGGAACAUCUCUGGGACCAGUAAAUUCCAUGUGGAACUGGAACAAGAACUGGCUGACCUUCACAACAAGGACGCUGCACUGCUCUUCACCUCCUGCUUUGUCGCCAAUGACUCCACCCUCUUCACCCUCGCCAAAAUGCUGCCUGGUUGUGAGAUCUACUCUGAUGCAGGCAAUCACGCCUCAAUGAUCCAGGGUAUCAGGAACAGUGGUGCUAAGAAAUUCAUUUUUCGCCACAAUGACAUCGGCCAUCUCCGAGAGCUUCUACAGAAGGGAGACCCCACAAAACCAAAGAUUGUGGCCUUUGAAACUGUCCAUUCCAUGGAUGGUGCUGUGUGUCCGCUGGAGGAGAUGUGCGAUGUGGCCCAUGAGUUUGGUGCCAUUACCUUCGUAGACGAGGUCCAUGCUGUGGGCCUGUACGGCGCCCGGGGAGGGGGCAUCGGAGACAGGGAUGGCGUCAUGCACAAGUUGGAUAUCAUCUCAGGGACACUAGGCAAGGCCUUCGGCUGUGUGGGCGGCUACAUCGCGAGUACUGCUGCUCUAGUGGACACGGUGCGCUCCUACGCUGCUGGUUUCAUCUUCACAACCUCUCUGCCACCAAUGCUGUUAGCCGGAGCCAGGCAGUCGAUCCAGGUUCUUAAAAGCCAGGAGGGCCGCAUGCUCAGACGUAAACACCAGCGCAACGUCAAGCUGCUCAGACAAAUGCUAAUGGACUCUGGGCUACCCGUGGUGCACUGCCCCAGCCACAUCAUCCCAGUCCGGGUAUCAGACGCUGAGAAAAACACAGAGGUGUGUGACAUCAUGAUGAGUCGCCACAACAUCUAUGUGCAGGCCAUCAACUAUCCAACGGUUGCCAGGGGAGAGGAGCUUUUGCGUAUCGCCCCAACGCCUCACCACACUCCUGAGAUGAUGAAAUACUUUGUUGAGAGGCUGGAGGACACAUGGAAGGAGGUCGGCCUGGACCUGAAGCCCCACUCGUCAGCAGAGUGUACCUUCUGCCAGCAGCCACUGCACUUCGACGUGAUGAGCGACCGCGAAAAGUCUUACUUCAGUGGUCUCAGCCACCCUAUCUCAGCCUGCGCAUAACACUAAUCACUACUGCUGGCUAGAGACGGCACAUACCCGCUCAAUACCCAUUCCUCUGUCACUGUCAUAAAAUGUAUUAGUUAUCUUUGAUAAGUCCUCCUACACAUAUUAUUUAAAAUAGUCUAUGGUCAGAUGUUAUAUAUGCUAAAUAAAAUAUGAGAAGAAAAGAAA